AGCGGGAGAGAGUGAGAGAAAGAGAAUGAAGGAGAAAAGGGAAACGGAUUUCUAGCUUUCUGCUCUUUCUCUUCUGGGGUUUCUCUCUUUAUCUCCGAUCUGCAACGUUAUUGGUUGUUAGGUUACCUGUCUAUCACUGUGGGGCUGCAGUGACAACAGGUGCAGCGUGUAACAGAGGCAGCGUCAGGCAGGCAGCAGACUGAAACAAACAACAGCUUCAGCACCAGCACAAGCAGCUUGAGAACAGGCAGAGCAACCUGUUUGCAUACAUUAUUCAAACACUUCUUUAUUUCAGCAGAUAUUUUAGGAUUUUCAUCGGCAGUAAAACCAGCUUCUCAACUGACACCACAGUGGCAGGUCUUCAAGGUCUUCCCAAUGCUAGUCCUUUUGGUAUUUAAGUCUUAAUGCUCUCAUAAGCCCAGCCUCAAAGCUUUCAUUAAAGCUUGAGGGGUGAUUGGGCACUGCUCCUGCACAGCAGGAGGGUUAAAGCUAAUGUGACUUUGCAUAUUCAUAAAGUAUGUGAAUACAGCACCGUCAGAAAAGAAGAAGAUUUAACUUUUUUUUGUGUUACGGAUCCUAAGAGAAAAUUAUACUUUUAUUUUUUUUUUGCAAUUUUAAUUGGAUGCCUUCCAUGCCGAACCCAUGUUGGUGUUACUUCAGGCUUUGGAUUUGAGUGUUUAUCAAGAAACUAAUGGCUCAGCUGCUUGGGACCUUUCCUGAUGCCUGCUGUGCCUGUACCUGCCAGGUUAAGAAACUCCACAGAUUUGGGUGACAACUAAAAGUGGAACAACCCUGCCGUUGGGCUUUCCAUGCUGGUGGGGCUGUUAUUGGUUAUUCUGACGCCGCAUGUUGCCAUGCUUAAAACGCCCAAGAGUAAAAAUGUCUCCUGGGGUUCGGCGGACUCCUACACCAGCCGUCCAUCUGAUUCUGAUGUUUCUCUUGAGGAAGACAGAGACGCUGUACGGAGAGAAGCACAGCGGCAAGCCCAGGCACAGCUGGAAAAAGCAAAGACUAAGCAUGUUGCGUUUGCUGUUCGGACCAACGUCAGCUACAUUGCAGCCCGUGACGAUGAGGUCCCUGUCCCCAGCAUGGCUAUCUCUUUUGAAGCAAAAGAUUUCCUUCAUGUCAAAGAGAAAUUUAAUAAUGACUGGUGGAUAGGACGGUUGGUAAAAGAAGGUUGUGAAAUAGGCUUCAUCCCAAGCCCGGUGAAACUGGAGAACAUGCGAAUGCAGCACGAACAGCGGGCGAAAGGGAAAUUCUACUCAAGUAAAUCAGGAGGAAACUCAUCUACCAGUUUAGGUGACGUGGUAGCUAGUUCCAGAAAAUCUACUCCUCCGGCAUCUGCUAUUGAUAUAGAUGCCACUGGCUUAGAUGCAGAAGACAUUGAGAGCCCAGCCAACCACCGCUCCCCUAAAACCAGUCCAAACAAUGUAACGUCCCCCCUAUCCAAAGAGAAAAGAAUGCCCUUCUUUAAGAAGGUAAAGACAGAGCACGUCCCUCCGUACGAUGUAGUGCCUUCUAUGCGACCUGUAGUUUUAGUGGGGCCUUCUUUGAAAGGAUAUGAGGUGACGGACAUGAUGCAAAAAGCACUGUUUGACUUUUUGAAACACAGAUUCGAAGGACGAAUAUCAAUCACACGGGUCACAGCCGACAUCUCACUUGCCAAACGCUCAGUAUUAAACAAUCCGAGUAAACAUGCAAUAAUAGAGCGCUCCAACACAAGGUCCAGUUUAGCUGAAGUGCAAAGCGAAAUUGAACGAAUCUUUGAACUAGCAAGAACCCUGCAGCUGGUAGUGCUGGACGCUGACACUAUCAACCAUCCAGCUCAGCUGGGAAAAACUUCACUUGCGCCAAUCAUUGUUUAUGUAAAAAUAUCAUCUCCAAAGGUUUUACAGAGGUUAAUAAAAUCCCGAGGGAAAUCACAGGCAAAGCACUUGAAUGUCCAGAUGGUAGCAGCUGACAAACUGGCCCAGUGUCCUCAAGACAUGUUUGAUGUCAUUCUGGACGAGAAUCAGCUGGAAGAUGCCUGUGAACACAUGGCUGACUAUUUGGAAGCCUACUGGAAGUCAACGCAUCCCCCAAGCAGCAACCCUCCUAACCCUCUGCUGAGCUGCACACUGGCCACAGCAGCCCUGCCAGCCAGCCCUGUGCCUGUCUCCAACCUCCAGGGCUCCCAGGGAGAACAGAAGAGCGAGAAGUCGGCACCUGAACGGACCAGUUCUCGAGAACAGGAGGAGGAGGAGGAGGAGGAACCCCGAACUGAGCCUACGAAGAAAUCGCAGCAUCGCUCCUCCUCCUCGGCCACGGCACAGCACCAUAACCACCACCGCCACCACCGGAGCGGAGGAGGGGGCGGGGCAGGCAGCCGGGGCCUUGCCUGUCAGGAGACCUUUGACUCGGAGACGCAGGACAGCAGGGACUCGGCCUACGUGGAGCCCAAGGAGGAGUUCACAGAGGAGCAGGACGAGCAUUACGAUUCCCACAGGGAACACAAUCACAGGGACGAGUCUCACAGGGGCGGCGGGGGUGAACACAGGCACCGAGAGUCACGGCACCAGUCAAAGGAGCGCGACCGGGAACAGGACCACAAUGAGCGCAACAAACAGCGCAGCCGGCACAAAUCCAGAGACUUCAACGAAAGGGACGGUGAGGUCGUAUCCAAAAAACGGAAUGACGUCGCUGAAUGGAACCGGGAUGUGUACAUUCACCAGUAACUUUUGCCGACUCUGCCACAGCCCUCCACCCACCACUGUUCCCCACCAUCGCCCCCUUGACUCCCAAAUCAACCCUUUUCUUUGUGUUCCUUUUAAAUUGACAAAGAGAAAAACUGUUUUGUGUAACAUUCGUACCUCCGGUUGACCCUACUUUCUAGACCACAUUGCAAACCUUGUUAAUGUAAGGCUGCUUUGUACAGCUGUUGCUAAUACAGCAGCAGUGUGGUUAUAGAAAGAAAAAAAAAGAUAUAUACAUAUUUUUCAUUAGUGCUCUAUUUAAAUGAGCAUGGUACAAUUGCAGACACCCUGGCGUUGUACUGUGCUUCUUGAGGGAUUUGUUUGGUACCUGCCACUUGAACAAUAUAUAUAUUACAAUCAAACUACUGUUAGAGUUUUUAAUCAAAAAUAUACAUGAGGUUGAAAUCUGCUUUGUUUUCAGCAAGAUGGGAUUAGCAUUGUAAUCCUUUAUUUUUUAUGGUUUACAUUUUUUGCAUGCUAAUAAUUGAAAGGUUAUUAAUUAUACGUAACUCUUUUGGGACUUAACUUGGUCUUGCCUUACAAGACAAAGGAAUAGUAACACAAUUUUCUGGUGCUGUCUUCAAAAGAAGUAUCAUACUGUUUGUAUUUAGACACUUUAUACCCAGGUGGACUUGUCCAAAGGGACUUUAGUGCUUUUAAAUUGACAAAGGGUAAGUAACCCCCCACAUGGAUUUGCAGUGGUAAACAUGGUCAAGUAUGUACUGGUAUGUUUGCUAUUUUAAUUGCACAAUCAAAAUAGAUUUGAACUCAUAGAUUCAGUGAGUGUGAAUUCAGUUUCAAUUCUCAUAGAGCCCCCUUUAAUUUAAAACAGAUUAUCAAUUCUAAUGAUUCAAACCAUUUCAAAAUGUUUACAUUUUAGUUACCAUUAAUUCAUCAGCCUAUUAGUUACAUUCAGUCUACAAUUAAAUAUAUUAUGCAUAUAUGUUUUACUGUUAUUCUAUUCUCAUUUUAUUUGGAAUUAUCUAGAUUUAAAUUUAGUGUAAAGUUAGUUCACAUUUUAUUCUGUAUUAAAUUCGAUUUUAAUGUAGACUGAAUGUACAGUUUUUUCUUAAUGUGAAAUCAUUUUCAUUUGGCCAUUUUUUAUUUGGAAAUAAAUACAUUUACCUUUGCUAUUUUUCUUUAAACUGCUUUCUCUUUGUUGUUUUGUGAAUAAAACAAUCAUAUUAAAAAGCAUUUUUUAAAGCUUUUUAAACAUUGCAGAAAAUCAGAGCUGCGCUGGGUACUGUAUAUGCAGGUGUGUUUAUUAUUGUUUUUUUCCAAAUAAGAUUGGUAAGCAUUUGUAUAUACUUCAUAAAUGCCUUUGUAGAUAUUAACAGUAUGUGAGUAGAUGAACCUGUUGCACUGUUAAAUGGAUUUUAUUUAUUUAUUUAACUGUACAAAUGGUGGCUGUUAUGUACAUGUUGAUUUUAACAUGUAGGACUCUCAGUGCAUCAACAGGAACUGUGUUCCAAUGCUUUUGUUGUACAACAAAGAUAUUUGAAUCAUUUUAACUGGGAUAAGUUAAUGUUCUUCCUGUUUUAGCAUCUUUGCAAACAGUAUACAUUUGGCAUGAUCAAUGAUGUAUUUGUUUAUGGGAGCUGCUCCGAUCUUUAUGCUAUAUUCAGUUGUGUUUUCUGCGUAUCUAUUUGGUGUGACUUAAGGAUCUAAUCUUGAGUUUUCCUGGCUUUUCAACCUUUUUUCUGCUUAGAGACUAAAUGCACAAUUCACUCACUGAUAUCAUUUCACAUAGACUUAUUUUACUGGUUUAAAGGGUUUCAAGUGGCUAUUUAAAGAAUGUACAUUGGACAUAUAUGUAAAAAAAAUAAACUUCAGAACAAAGAAACAAAAACUACAGUGUUUUUAAA